UUUUUAAGAGAAUAUGUACACUUCGGCGUAUGAUUUAUACAAAGCAUUUGUCGAUACAGAAUACGGUAUUUCGGUUUGGACAUUUAAGAAUAAGAUACAAUUUUAAUAUUAACUACAAAAUCAUAAUAGAAUGAAGCGAUGGCUAAUAAUAUGUUGUUCAUUACUUCUCUUACUGAGUUUAUCGCAACAUGGCGCAGCUUUACCAAUUUUAGGAACCGAGAUAGCCCUUAAAACUAUUUUCAACAUUGGAGUAGGCAUCGCAAAAGCAAUAAUGGGCGCCCAUAAUGUUUUGAAAGAAAAACCAAUACUUACACCUGGGGAGAGCGUUUUAUCUGACCAGUUAAAAACGCUAUCUGCUGACGUUAAACAAAUGAAAUACGCGAUUUUAGAUAAAAUAACAACUACAUUACGUGACAAACUAACUUCAAUGGUUAACGAACUUUUCAAGCUUAUAAACGAUGUCCAGCGGUUAUACAUGCGAUUUUAUGAAAUGUAUGGUAACCUUGGUAAUUACACAAGAAAGGAAUUGGAAAAUUUUGCGGACGUAGGCACAUCAUACAGUUUAACAGAAUUAAGAACAACAUUGGAAAUGUUGCAUGAAACUCUUGUAGGAUUGGACUUUAGAGACGAAAGUAUCAUUACAAUUAUUGCGACAAAGAGUGAGGCUUAUGACACAAUGUGCGUAAAAAAUGGUCAAUCAUCGCAGCAAUUGAUAAACAAUUUAUACGAAUUAGUUGUGACUUCUCAUACAAAAGGAUUAACUGUAGUACUAUUCUGUUAUUAUUUGAGAGAAGCUUUAGAAAAUGUCAAUUAUGACUAUGCAAGAGACAGCGAAGUGAAUCAUUUUAAAACUGCAAUUACGAGCACUUCGGAAAAAAUCAAACAAGCUUUAAAUCUGUCUCCACGGGAAAUUUGGACGUGUGACCCACAAAAACAUCAACAAGGACAAACUUUUUUGAAGUUGAAUCCAGUAUUCCAAACAUUCUUUACCUAUCAAUCAGAUAUAAAAUAUACUGCUUGGUAUGGAGCUGUUCAUACUUGCGAAAGCAUGGUGGAUAAAAGAUUAUGGUGUCGUUCACAUCCUUGCAAAGUACAACCGACUGAACGAAGGUGCUAUGGAAAAUUAAGAGAUUGUGAAUAUGUCGCCAAAUGGUUCCAGAUAUGUCACGCGCCUCCGAAAAGUGAUCGUAGAUACGAUUGGAUAAAAAUAUACAAAGGUGGCGAAUACACUGAUAUACAUGGCGUUCAAAAUGAGCGGUGUGAUAACACGCAAGGCGUCGGUAGUACUUGGCCUUUUCACACUUGUGCAUGUAAUUGUGAGAGCGAAAGUAGAGAAGAAGAUAGGUUCUUCAGUUUACUGGAUGUCAAAUCAGAUAUCGGCGAUAAUAAAGUAAUCACUGGACUUCGACUGGUUAAAAAAGGUCAUGUUUAUCAUAUCGAAAUACAGCAAGGUACACUAGGAAUAAAUGCAAGUAUUAUUGAUGCAUCUCAAUGGAAGAAUACAGAUGAACUCUUUAAUCAAACGACACUCAGUUCUGACGAAAUCGCAACCUAUCAUUACCAACAAAUAAGUUCUCCCCAACAAAACGAUUAUCGUAUAACUAUGUUUAAUGAGUGGGUGGAUUGGCACAAGAAUAACCUAGUUUUCUCCGUAACAUACGACCAAAGUGCUGUUAAUUUGAAUACACGCGAAUUGGGACCAGAAGAUGUUCUAACAGGUGUAAGGUUUCAUCAAUCAGGCUCAGCAUUAGAUAUACAAGUACAUGGUACACCGUUUGAUUAUGCUACUGGACGUUUGGAUACAAAAAAUGGCCGCUGGAUCUUUAUAAACAGAGCUCGGAACGUAAAAGAAAUAGUGUUAAAAGAUCCGGAUAUUCCCGUUAAUAGCAAAAAAUCAGAUCGAUUUUCAAAAAACAACAAUGAGUUCAUCCGAUUCAGAAGAACGAAUUUUCGCAAAGACGUGGGACAAAAUGUUAUCCCCUAUCUCGAUAUACAGGAUAUCGUUACAAAUCCUCCUAUACCACUUUCUGGAGCAGGAAUCUAUCAUAAAUAUCAAGAAGGCUACGGUGGAUUUUUGGGAUUGAAAAUAGUUCACUAUGACUAUGCUCAACACUGGGAUUGAGUUAUCCCAUUGACUUUUUGUACUUUAGAGUAUUUCUUACUUUUUUUAUAACAAUAAAUUUCAAAUAAUUGUAAUGAUA